GCCCAAAGUAUAAAAGGGAGCUAGUUGCCUAAAUUAAAAAUAUAAUACAGAGAAGGGAGAGAGGGCAGGGGCGAAAUUCCCUUCCAUUUCCUUUACUCCAGAAUGCUAUUGUCCUCCUAGAAAUCAAACAAAAACCUCUCCAUUCACGAUUCACGUCUUUCUCUCUCACUCGCUCUUUGUCUGCACUCUCUGCCCAGGAGAAGUACUAUUCCCACUACUACACAGGCACACGCUCUGUUGGAGAGUGCUGCUCUUCUUUGCGUCUGCAUACCAUUUCGUUUCAUGCUUUAGUACUCGAGAUGCCCUUAUGAUAUUGCAGCAGCAGCAGCUCGGCUUUGUCUCGUCAUCAUCACAACUACAGGGCACAGCUCAGCAAAAUCACAGCCUGUCGUCGUUCCAGCAACGUUAAGAGUCCACUCUCUAUGACACUUCAUCCCUUCCAAUCCUCCAUAUCCCAUUCUUGUUAUUCUUCCAGAGUCCUAUCUUUCUUUUUUUUCUCUCCGGCUUCAAAACCUCUCAGACCCUGCUGGCCUCGAAUGGACUCCGCCGCCGCUAAUACGACGAUCGCCACCGCUCGUCGACAGCGCAAGAAGGAGAAGAUCGUUGUCGUAUUGGGCGCCACCGGAGCUGGAAAAACCAGGCUUUCCGUCGAGCUCGCCACCCGCUUCCAAGCCGAGAUUGUCAACUCCGACAAAAUGCAAGUCUACAAAGGCCUCGACAUCACCACCAACAAAAUCCCUCCUCACGAGCGACGCGGCAUCGCCCACCAUCUGAUGGGCGAGUUCGACCCCGUCGACGGAGAGUUCACCCCAGCUGAGUUCCGCCAUCUCGCCGGGUCCGUUAUCUCCGACAUCGCUUCUCGAAAGAAGCUGCCCCUCGUCGUGGGUGGGUCCAACUCGUUCGUACAUGCGCUGGUCGUGGACCGGUUCAAUCCACAGAUAGACAUUUUCGACGGGUCGCACUCGCUUUCCUCUGAGUUAAGGUACAACUGUUGUUUCCUCUGGGUAGACGUAUCGUUCACGGUCUUGUCGGCGUACCUCUCGAAGCGAGUCGACGAAAUGCUCGACUCGGGUAUGUUCCAGGAGCUAGCCGAGUUCUACAACCCGACCGAAUCAGCUGACUCCGCAGGGCCUCGAACCGGGUUGCGAAAAGCCAUCGGUGUCCCAGAGUUCGACCGCUAUUUCAAGAAACACCCACCUGACCAGUCGGUGGAUGGCGCCGAUCAUGGGCAGACGGCUGCAUACGAGGAGGCGGUGAGGGAAAUAAAGGAAAACACAUGUCAGCUGGCGAAGAGGCAGAUAGGGAAGAUCGUGGGGCUGAGAGGGGGAGGUUGGGACCUCCGGAGGCUGGACGCGACGGAGCCGUUCAGGGCGGCGAUGAAACCCGAGGGCUGCGGAAAGAGGUGGUCAGAAAUUUGGGAGAAACAGGUGGUCGAACCAAGCGUGAAGAUUGUGAAGCACUUCUUGGAGGAGUAGAUAGCAGCAAGGGGCUUCGGACUUUUAGAUGAUUUGGGAGUUAGGGGUUCUCAAUUGAGGAGGAAUGGUUUGGUCAAUGAUUCAUUUGAGGGCCAGUUUUGGGGCAUUAGGAAGA